AGGCAAGCCGGGCGCCCAGGACAGUCGUGCGGCGGGCGGGUGAGCGGGCCGCACCCUCUCCCCUCCCGGGCCUGCCCCCGCCUUCUGGCAGCGCGGAGCUGAGCUUGUGGUUCCAUGGAGAUUCUAGCAGGAGCGGGUCAGAAGAUCUUUGCUGGCGAGGACUGGGUUGGUUUUUGGAGUGGUGGCUGCUGAAGUGACAAGGCAUUUUCCCAUGUGACACCCUGAGGUGCCUUUGAGGAAAGCUCUCCAGACCUCCCUAUGGGCUGAUGGAGAACUGGGCUCCCCACACCCCAUCUGUCCCCAGCUGAGAUUAUGGUGGAUUUGGGAUCUGGCCCAGGCCUGGGCCUUCUGCUGCUGACCCAGCCCCGGAGGCGUUAGUGAGAGCCCUGCCCUGUCCGCCCACCAGAGACCACCCCUCCUCCCAGGGGCCCAGAGCUGGCGAGUGACUAUGCGGCUUGGGCUGUGUGUGGUGGCCCUGGUUCUGAGCUGGAUGCAUCUCACUGCCGGCAGCCGGGGGAUCAAGGGGAAGAGGCAGAGGCGGAUCAGUGCCGAGGGGAACCAGGCCUGUGCCAAGGGCUGUGAGCUCUGUUCUGAGGUCAACGGCUGCCUCAAGUGCUCGCCCAAGCUGUUUAUCCUGCUGGAGAGGAACGACAUCCGCCAGGUGGGCGUCUGCUUGCCGUCCUGCCCACCUGGAUACUUUGAUGCCCGCAAUCCCGACAUGAACAAGUGCAUCAAAUGCAAGAUUGAGCACUGCGAAGCUUGCUUCAGCCACAACUUUUGCACCAAGUGUAAGGAGAGCUUGUACUUGCACAAGGGUCGCUGCUACCCGGCCUGUCCCGAGGGCUCCGCAGCUGCCAACGGCACCAUGGAGUGCAGCAGUCCUGCACAAUGUGAAAUGAGUGAGUGGUCUCCAUGGGGGCCGUGCUCCAAGAAGAAGAAGCUCUGUGGUUUCCGGAGGGGCUCCGAGGAGCGGACGCGGAGGGUGCUCCAUGCCCCCGCAGGGGACUAUGCCAUCUGCUCCGAUACCAAGGAGACCCGCAGGUGCACAGUGCGGAGAACGCCAUGUCCUGAGGGGCAGAAGAGGAGGAAGGGAGGCCAGGACCAGCGGGAGAACGCCAACAGGAACCUGAACGGGAAGGAGAGCAAGGAGGCGGGUGCUGGCUCCCGGAGACGCAAGGGGCAGCAACAGCAGCAGCAUCAAGGGACAGUGGAGCCGGUCACGUCUGCGGGGCCCACCUAG